GCUUUCGCUGUUACCCCUUUGACAGGAGAAUAUCAGGUUUUCGUGGCACGAAAAUUCAAUGUUUUCCUGUCAAAGUGCUGUGGAGAGCGGACAACCAUUGUCGUUUGUGACCUUAGUGGCUAGUCGGCACAUGCACAACUCAAUGCUUGUGGACGGAUGGCAAGGGUAGUAUAAAUAUGCGAAACGUCGUCAGGCUCCUCCCAAGAUCUCACUGCCAACCCGUCUAUAAUUCAAUGCCUAAAUCUACCAUACUCUCAGACACGAGUCUGCACUUUGGUCUCUAUGAGGACGAUUGUGUCGAGUCGUAUGCCACCAAACCAGAAGUCGAGCACACACUCACUGCUUUCGGAGAGCUCUCCCUCAGCCAAGAAGAAAUUCUUGGCUUCCCUCCAAGCGAUAUUCGUCGCCGUAAUCAAUUGCGUUUGAAGGCGAGGCGUAAAAGUGCCCAGUACAGUCCACAGAUUCCAGAAGAGAAAUCCUGGGACCCAUUGACGUUUUCCCAAAUUUCGACUCCUCUAACGCCCACUGAGUUUUUCAAUAGAUUUAGACACACCGUGCGACGCGCUUAUCAGCGCGCGCAGGCAGAAGGUGCUGAGGCCGAAACCCAAUCUCGUACAGCUGACUCAGGAAAGUCAACCCCUAGUGACUCGAGUGCUUCACAUGAUUACCAACCGGGGCAGUCGGUGAUAGUAAAUGAUUUUUCUUCUGUUUCUGAAGUUCGUGAACUGGUCAAGGAAUGGAGGAAACCGCCUUUGAGACCUGGAAUUCCGAAGUGGGAUGUCGAUGAUUGAGUGUAGUUGCAAUUCUAUAUGCUGUAUAUAUAUCGACUGAAUAUCGACGCAAUCCAUGUUG